AUGGCGGGGUCGCUGUCGGGCGACGAGCUGGCGAACGGCAAGGCGCUGGUGCCGUUCCUGCAGCGCGCCGAUGAGCUUCAGAAGCACGACCCGCUCGUCGCUUACUACUGUCGGCUGUACGCCAUGGACAAGGGGCUGCGCGUGCCCAGCAAGGACCGCAGCGCGGCCGUGAACGCGCUGCUCGUCUCCAUCAUGAGCCGCCUCGAAAAGGACAAGGCGGCGCUGCAGCUGUCGCCGGACGACGGGCUGCACGUGGAGGGAUUCGCGCAGCGCGUGUUCAGCAAGGCGGACAAGCAGGACCGCGCCGGCCGCGCUGACAUGGGCACGGCCAAGACGUUCUAUGCGGCGGGGAUAUUCUUUGAAGUGUGCCGCCAGUUUGGGGAGCUCGCUCUCGAGGUGGAGCAGAAGCAGCGCUACGCGGUGUGGAAGGCGGCGGACAUACGCAGGGCGCUGGCGGACGGCAGGCGGCCCACUCCCGGCCCACCGGGGGGCGACGCUGAUGCCACCGCUGCUGCUCCCGCCGAUGCUGCCGCCACUGCAACAGCCCCUGCCGUGGCCCCUCCUGCAGCGCCCUCGUUCCCCUCAGCCGACUCCCUGGAUGCCAUGUUCUCCGGCCCUCCUGCUCCCAGCACCUAUGGUGCCAACGCUGCCCCAGCUGCCCCCGGUGGCGUCAGUGCCAUGGGUGGUUCCGGCAGGCUGCAGGUAGCGAGGCCGGUGGGAGGUGGCACCGCUGCCAUGCAGCCCAACCCUCAUGCCCAAGCGAAUCCGUAUCACCAGGGCCAUGGGGAUUACUUGCAAGCACCCCAGGGGCAGGCAGCACAGGCGGCGCAGGCAUGGCAGCAGAGCACAGCCGCGUCAGACAGCGCAUUUAUCACCUCCUUUGCCACCGCCCCUGCUGCCCCUUCCUCCUCCUUGCCCACGCCUCCUGCCAACUCCCUGGUCUCCCCACCAACCUUCACCCAUUGGGCUCCCGACUCCCAGUACCCCUCUGCCACGCCACCCUCCACUGCCAACCCUGCAGCCCCGUCAGCCCCGUCAGCCCCAGCAGCAGGCGGGUGGGCCCAGCCUGCUGCUGCUGCUGCCGCACCGCCAUUCCAACAGCCACAGGCAGGAGCAGCGGCGGCGGCGGCGGCAGCAGCAGGCGCUUUCACAAACCCCAUGUUUGCCACCCCGCCUGCCCCCAAUGCAGCCCCUGGCGGUGCUGCUGCUGCCAGCGCAGGCAUGGGGGGUGCAGCAGGGGGUACCUAUGGGGCACACCCAUCGCAGGCUUCUCCACAUUCGGAGUACGGUGGAGGUGGUGGGGGUUCGGCGUCAGGCGGGGGAGCAAGAGCAGGGCACAACGUUGCAGCAGCAGCGAAUGGGUCUACGGCCAUGGCCAGCGUCUCAAACUGUCAAGGCCCAGGGCCUCGCGAGAUAGCGGAUGCGCACAAGGCGGCUCGAUAUGCCCGCGCUUCGUCCAUCAUGGGGUCGGGCGAACUUUGGCAGCGCGCCGCCGACAUGGAUGAAGUCGUCGCAGAGGCGCACGAAGGCUCUGUCGCGAGCACCGCUGCGACGACGAACGAAGGGGCUGCGACAGGGAAGAAGUGGAGCGUGAUGGGGUCGACGGCGCGCAAGGUGCAGCGGAUGCUGUUUGCGGACAAAUCGGACAAAUCGGACAAAUCGGCGGUUUCUAACGCAGACAGAAAGUCCAAGCGUCUGCUGCCGUCGCUGCUCUCCAACUCUCGCCGUCAGGAGCGCGCCGGACAAGAUUUGAGUUUGCGGGUCGGCAGCUGUCGCGUGGAGAGCGCCGAGAGCGUUGUGGAUGAUGGCGGAGAGCACGGCGCGGACCUCGGCCGACGAAGCGCCUCGUUUCAGCACUUGGCGGUCGAUUCUUGUCAUAACGAAAUGGUUGGGCGGGAGGCGACGAGCGUGGACGAGCGAGAGGAUUCGGAACCCGGCGGCGCGGAUCCAGAGCGCCGUGCGGAAGGCGUCGAUUUCAUUUCGUUGUCCCCGCGCGCGACGAGUGCGACGAAUGCGUCGGGUGUACCAGAGGGCGUAGAUCGACCGUGUUCUGAGAAUGAGCACUCAGCAUCGCCUCCCGAAUCAAACAGCUCACGCGACAGAAUCGUUUUGGCGCUGCCUCGCCCCGUGCGCCCGCAGACAGCCCCCAGCAAGAGCGCCGCUUCCCCCCGUCACAUCGACGCGCGUGAUCCCAUUUUUUCCCGACGCAAGACCGCGCCAGUAGCCCCUGCCGUGCUGCGCGAAUCGGGUGCCGCCUCGGGCGAGCUCAAGCCGCAGCUCGCCGACGAGCCGCUUCUCGCCUCCGCCUCGGAUUGGUCAAGCGCCGCGCUCGCCCUUGUUGCGCCCCCCCCUCCACCCAUUGACACGCCCCCCGCGCUACCGUUACCAUCCCCUGUCGUUCCCCGGCCCCCCAGCAGCGACGGAGUGGGGAACAGAAGCGGCAGGUUGAGGGCGGGAAGGGGGACGCGCGCGGGCGGAAGGGCGGGGGAAGGGCUUCGAGUGGAUGUGGCAGGCAGGCGCCAGCGGUCAAGGCACAGUGAUGAGCUGGCAUGGGCGGAGGCGCUAGGGGGGCAGGUACUGGCGCGGAGCAAGACAGCGGAGAGAGAUGCGGGCGCGAGGGGGCGUACAGGCGGGGAAGUGGCUCGUGUGGGGCGACAUCACCACCUGUCGGCCUCUUGGGACUGCGAGGGGGAGAUUCGCAUGGGGAGGGAAGACAAGGGGGCGUUCCCUGUUAGGGUUGAGAGCUUGGACGAAGCAAGUUGGGGGAGUGUUUCGGGGAGGGAAAGACCAACCUCAUCAGGAGGAAGGGUGCCUAUCACUGCGCACGGGAAAGUAACGCGCGUUGCCGCGUUGAUGGAACGGCCGCGAGGAAGCCUCGAGGACUUGAGCGUCGCGUCGCCGUGCUCGCCGGGCGCCGACUACCACUCCGCGCCGGAGCUCAGAGGCCGCGCUUCCACGCCCGCCUCUGCGCCGAGCACGAGCGCAAGAUCCCACGUCUUUGACGGUUUGGAGCCUGACCGUUUGGAAAAUGACCGGUUGGAGAAUGGCCGGCUGGAGGCCGGCAGCUGCAGCUUGAGUGACCGGGAAGGAAGCGAGUCGCAGGCUUUCCUCUCCGCGUGGUCGCCGCCGCACGCAGGACGAGGCGAUGACUCGCAGGCCGUAUCGUCGUGGUCACAGUCGCGCAAGUCCCGGCCGUCGCCACGGCACGCGCGGAGCAGUAGCUGGGGCGGCAGCGGGUGGGGAGGCAGCGGGUGGAUAUGCAGCGCGUUGGAUCCCAGCGGAGCGGCGUGCUGUUUGGUGGAGCCGUGCCGCGCCAUCUGCUCGCCCAAGUUCUUCUGGCAGGUGGCGUCAGUGGCGCAGUGGUGCACAUUCAACAUUAUCAUGAUCCUCGUCAACAACGAGAUCUUCCAGCGGUACGGCUUUGCCUUCCCGCUCACGCUCACCGCCAUCCACUUCGCGCUCUCAUUUGUCGGCGCCUUCACGGCUAUUGAGAUCCUGCAUGUGUGCCCCAAGGCGGAGGUGGAGGCGGGGGAGAUGGUGGCGUGGGUGAUGCCCAUGGCGGUGGUCACGUGCUUCAACGUCGUGCUCGGCCAGCUCUCCCUGCGCUACGUGCCGCUGCCCGCCCUCCUCUCCACCAAGGCCCUCUCGCCCGGCCUCACAGUGGCUAUCCAGGCGCUGGCGCUACAGGCGGAGUACGACUGGCGGCUGUGCCUCUCGCUGCUGCCGGUGAUGGCGGGGGCCAUGCUGGCCUACGCGCCCUCCGUGCACUUCGCGCUGCCCACGUUCCUGUCGGCGCUGUGCUGUGUGGUGCUGGGCUGUGCCACUGUCAUCUGUGCCGAGGUGCUGCUCAAGGGCAAGCAGUACAGCCUCGACUCCCUCAACGCCCUGUACCAGCUGGUGCCGUACUCGGCGCUCAUUCUCGCACCGCCAGCAGCAGUGCUGGAGGGGUGGCAGCUGUGGGGGUGGUUCAUGGCGCAGGCCAACCCCUGGCCCGCUGUCAUCGCCAUCCUCAUUAGUGGCUGCUUCGCUUUCUGCCUCAACUUCUCCCUCUUUUACACGAUUCAAAAGACCAGUGCGCUGACGUUCAACGUGGCGGGCAAUCUGAAGCUCGUGAUCACUCUCAUCUUCUCCUGGCUGCUCUUCCGCACGCCCAUGGCCCCCAUCAGCCUGCUCGGCUGCCUGCUGGAGGUCGUAGGUGUGGUGUGCUACGGCUGGGCGAUCUUUUCCAUGCGCAAGCAACAGGUAGAGCUUUUGAGAUCGCCCUCUGCGCAGGUUAGGGUGGAGCAGGAGGCUAGUGACGACAUUGUGCAGGUGUACCUAGGAGCUAUGCUGUAA